CAGUUUCAGUUCAAUGGUUAACCGGUGGGCUGUCAUCACAGGUGCUGGAACUGGUAUUGGGGCAGCCUUGAGUAUAGAAUUGGCAAGACAUGGUGUCCAUAUUUUAGCCAUUGGACGAAGGUUGAUACCAUUGGAGAAUACAAAAGAACAAAAUCCAAGUUACAUUCAUGUUCUUCAAGCUGAUGUUGCAACGAAAGAGGGAAUUGAAUCAAUUGUUAAUGCCAUUCCAGAAGAAGAUGACGUCUCCUAUCUUGUUCAAAAUGCUGCUGUUGGUGACCCUGCAAAAUUAGGAGAUAUACAGCAAGAUGCCUUUGAACUUGCUUUAAGAGUCAAUGUUACAGCACCAUUAAUGUUGACUCAGGGAUUCCUGUCCCGAUUGAGUAAAUCACAUGGCCGAAUAUGUCACCUUGGUACUAGUGUGGUAUAUCAAUCUCAAGUGGGCACUGCAACUUAUGGAAUAACCAAGAUGGCAUUUCACAAAUUAUAUGAGCAACUUUUAGUGGAAUGUCCUCCUCAGAAUGUUGGUAUAUGCAAUAUUUUACCCGGUAUGGUUGAUACAGAGGGUGUUUGGGACCAUUAUGAAAAAGCUAAGAAACUGAACUUGGAACACACUAAGUAUUUUGAUAUUGGGAAACAAAAUGGCGAUAUGAUAUCACCAGCUCAAUGUGCUAAGUUUAUAAGAGGUAUUCUUAUGGAAGCACCAAAUGAUGAAUACUCCAAGCAAUGGUCAAGAAAAAGCCAUUGGGAUGAAGUAAUGAAAUUAAUUGGCGAAUAAACUAGAUAUUGGUUGGCCUCUCAUUCAGCAUGUUUUUAAAUUUGAAACUUUUUUUCAUUGACCCUGAAAUGUAAUUGUUUGAUUCUUUUUGUUGCCCAACCUUUUUAUAUUAUAACUUUUACAACGUCUCCAUUUCCAAGUUUAAUUUAUAGCAAUCUUUUUCCUUACUUAUGUAUUUCUAUUAC